GAGGCGGAGACUGCGAGGAGAAACAAGGAACAAGCUGUCAAAAAAAGUGGCUAAGUGUAAGCAACGGACCAGUUAGAGAUAUUUUUCUAGAGAUGUGCAAAGCUUGUGUACACCACUGACUGGUUGCCUGCUUGUGACUGAACACGCCUGCCAAGAUGCCUGCAGUGUCCACCGGGGUCAAAGACCUCUAUCUGUCCACAUCUCUGGGAGAGCUGAACAAAAAGGCUGAAAUCAAGCCGGAAAAGACAAGCACAAGAAGUUAUGUUCAGAGUGCCUGCAAAAUCUAUAAGGCGGCAGAGGAGUCCCGUCUGGACAGAGAUGAGGAGAGAGCUUAUGUGCUGUACAUGAAGUUUUUAACAGUGUAUAACAUCAUCAAGAAAAGGCCAGACUUCAAGGACCAUCUGGAUUAUUACAUGACCAUGCUUGGGCCGUCCAGCGUCAAGAAAUCUGUUGAAGAAGCUGAGAAGCUUUCUGAAAGUCUAAAACUCAGAUAUGAGGAGGUUGAAGUUCGAAAAAGACUUGAAGAGAAAGAGAGACAAGAGGAAAAGAAAAGGCGGGAGGAAAUUAAGGAGAAAGAUGCCGACCGAGACUCUCCAAAAGCAUCCGCAGCACACAAAAUGGACAGUAAAAAGGUAAAAGGAGAACAGAAUGAACAGAAGACAGUUACCUCAAAGGUUGCCGUGCCAGCAGGCGGGAUUACAGCCGAGAAACUUUUCCUCAUGAUGAAGGACCAGACGAUAACAAUUAUUGUUAUAGAUGCCCGUAGCCAUAGCGACUUUGAGGAGUCCCACAUUCAGGUCCCAGCCCAGAGCUGCAUCAGUGUGCCUGAAGAGGCCAUUAGUCCAGGAAUCACUGUGAAUCAGAUAGAGACUAAGCUACCAGAGGUGUCCAAAGGGCACUGGAGGCAGCGGGGAUAUGUCGAUUACAUAGUCUUGCUGGACUGGUUCAGUUCUGUCUCUGACCUUAGACUUGGCACCACCUUGCAGAGCCUCAAAGAUGCACUCUUCAAGUGGGACAGCAUGACCAUUCUGCGUAGUGAGCCACUGGUGCUGGAGGGAGGCUACGAGAACUGGCUGCUCUUUUACCCCAUGUACACAACCAACGCGAAAGUCCGGCCUCCAAGACAAAAUAUGAUCAACACCCUCCCUCAGUUGAACUUUAGUUACCCGUCCCUGGAGGAGCUAAAGCCUCCGCCUCCACCUCAACCAGACCCCGAUGCCACAUCUAAACCCCAGGAAGCCACACUUCCUGUGCUGGUAAAUGGGAUGACACCAGCAGACCCUCCCACCUCUAUGACUUCCAUGGUUACUGAUGGUCUGUCAGACACUGUUGAUUCCUCUGUAAGAUUGCCCACAAAUUCUGGUACAGACCUUGGUAAAAAGGAUGCAGCAGCUGGCUCAUCCAGUCAAUCACCUGCAACCACCAAGGCCCUUCCACAGUUCGACCGUGCCAAGAAACCCGCUAUGUGGGUGUCCGAUGAGCCAAAGCCCAGCCAGAACGGUUCAGCAAAGGACUCCAUCCAGAAUGGUCCAGCUGCCCCUGACCGCUCAGUCAAACCAUCGCUGGCGCUAAACGCUUCUUUGUCUAAAGAAGAACAAAGUAGGAUACACUCUGAGGCGGCGGCAGUGACGGAGAAGGCAAAGCAAGAGCAAGAGAGACGCAUGCAGGAGAGGAGGGAGAAGGAACAGAAGGAGGGGGAACUGAAAGAAAAGCUUGAAAGGGAAGAGGUUGAGAAGAGAAAGAAGGAAGAGGAGGAUGUGAAACAUCAAGACAAGAAGAGGCUGGAAAGGCAGAAGGCAGAAGAUGAAGAAGACAAAGAGAACAGGGUGUGGGAUGAGAAGGAGAGGAGGGGAAAGGAUCAGAACUCUGACACACCCUCGAAGAGUAUGUCUCUGGAUUCACCUGCACCUAACCACAUUGUUAGUGAAAUAAAGCGAGAGCCCCUGACCAGAGCAAGGAGUGAGGAAAUGGGUCGGAGUAUACCGGGUCUUCCAGACGGUUGGAUGAAGUUCCUUGACACAGUGACGGGGACCUACCGAUACUACCAUUCACCAACCAACCGCGUCCACCUGUACCCUCCCGAGGUCACCGUUCCACAGACGCCACCCUCUACUCCGCCAACAGUUAAACAGAAAUCGCCACGACCAGCUGAGCCAGAUGCCAAAUGUGAACAAGAGCGAGAACAGUCUAAACUGAAACGCUCCUACUCCUCCCCCGACAUCAGCCAGGACCUGAGAGAGGAAGCCCAGAAGAAGGCCGCCGCCCCAGCCGCUGCUGCUGUCAUACCCACCAUCAACAGAGAAACUAAACCCCCGAAUGUUAAAGUCUACUCCAAAGUGGAGAUUGUGCGGCCGUCGGCUGCUAAACUCCGCAGCCUAAAUCCUAUCUUUGGAGGUCUGGGCGCGUCACUGACUGGCCUUCGCAACCUUGGAAACACAUGCUACAUGAACUCCAUCUUGCAGUGCCUGUGUAACACUCCAGCCAUGGCUGAUUACUUCAACAAAAACUACUACAUGGAGGAUAUUAACAGAUACAACAUCCUUGGUCAUAAAGGGGAGGUGGCGGAGGAGUUCGGUGUGAUCAUGAAGGCCCUGUGGGCCGGUCUGUACAAGUGCAUCAGUCCGCGGGACUUCAAGAUCACCAUAGGCAAGAUCAACGACCAGUUUUCUGGCUAUGACCAGCAAGACUCCCAGGAGCUGCUGCUGUUCCUCAUGGACGGGCUUCACGAGGAUCUUAACAAGGCGGACAACAGGAAGCGGUACAAGGAGGAGGAGAAUGACCAUCUGGACGAUCCGAAUGCAGCCGAGCUGGCCUGGAGCAAACACAAGCUGCUGAACGAGUCCAUCAUCGUCGCGCUGUUCCAGGGGCAGUUCAAGUCCACCGUGCAGUGUCUGACCUGUCAUCGCAAGUCACGGACAUUUGAGACCUUCAUGUACCUGUCGCUGCCUCUGGCCUCCACCAACAAGUGCUCCCUGCAGGAUUGUCUAAGGCUCUUCUCCAAGGAGGAGAAACUCACUGACAACAACAAGGUGUUCUGCAGACACUGCAAGGCCCACAGAGACUCCACCAAGAAACUGGAGAUCUGGAAAGUCCCACCCAUUGUGCUGGUGCACUUGAAACGAUUCUCUUAUGAGGGCAGAUGGAAGCAGAAGCUGCAGACAUCUGUAGACUUUCCUCUAGACAGUCUGGACCUGUCCCAGUACGUCAUUGGACCCAAACAGACCCUGAAGAGAUACGGCCUUUAUGCGGUGUCUAACCACUACGGCGGUUUGGAUGGCGGCCAUUACACGGCAUACUGUAAGAACGCCCUGAAACAGCGCUGGUACAAGUUUGACGACCACGAGGUGUCGGAAAUCUCCACCUCCUCUGUCAAGUCGUCCGCCGCCUACAUCCUGUUUUACUCUACCCUGUGAUGCAGCUGUCGCACACGAAGAGAAAACACUACGCCCAGAUCGGCGACGCUCAAGCUUCCAGGUUGUUUUCUUUUACUUUUUCUCUUUUAACAAUCACAGCUCUGUCUGAGGACUUGAUGCACGUAGCUGCGGGUUAAUUAGUCAUGCGUGUGCGCUCGAGUAAAGCGGCUGUGAGACCCUGUCUGUCCCCCAGACGGGAGAAUGAUACAGAGACACUGUGCAAUGCUUCAGCGACUCAAGGACUCUAUAGCUGUUAAAUCGUGCCGUCUGUUCAGAUUACUGAUUGUGUAGAGACUAAGCGGAGGCUCCUUUUUGCUCUGACCGUCGUAGCGCUGACAUCCGGUUCCGACGCUCUUCACUCCCAUUUGCGUAGCGCUCAGUGUGAACGGCCGCACCACAGAGCUGAGCUACUGUGGGGUUAGAUGGCAUGUACGUAUACUUAACAAUGCUAAUGUUGCACAUUUAAACAUGUAAAUACUUCAAGGGCCAGGUGAAUAUCUGUUAAGUGACCAAAUUAUUACAGUUAUUUUUUGUUUCUGUGAAAGUAGCAGCCAUUAUAGUAUCCCCAUGUUCAUGAGGACAAACGAUGUAUUUUAGGGGUUUUAACUCUAUAGCCUUCUGAUUUUAACGUGAACUUAAAGGGGAACGGAAGAGACUGUGAGUGUUGAAUUCUUCCCUAAAGACGGGAGGGAUUUAAGAUUGUUGCUUGUUCAUGUUAUCCAUCGUAUUGCACUUACAUAAUAUGCAAUCAGUUUAAGUUGAUUAUGUAGAAUGUGUUCUUUAGGCAGGCAACAUUAAUACCUGACGCAGAAUGCUUUAAAACAAACACGCGCUCAAUACAGCGAGUAACAGGGGAUGAAGCCUCCUGCUCAUAAAGUUUGUUAUAGAAUUUAUUCUCUGUAACUCUUUGCAUAACUAUAUUAUCAAACACAACAACUAUAUACAGGAAAUAUUACUGGGGGUAAUUUGGCACCUUCCUUGGAUUGUACCGCAGACGUUGGUUUUGAAAAAAACCCUUUUGUAGAAGGAUGGUUGUUUGUUAAUCUCAUUAUUGUGUCUGUGUUUAGUACAGACUCGGGGAGAAUAUGAAGACGUGAGAAAUUGACCUAAUUCACUUAUUGGCGUCGAUGUUUGCUGUUUGAUUCGCUGACUGACGGAAGCAAGCACAGAGUAUUGUUUCUUUUUCUUUCUUUCUUCCUCAUUGGACCGAAAAAAGUCAGGAUUCUGGACUCUCUACAUUGAGAUGACUGUUUUCUUAGCAUGAUGAGAUCAUAAUCUGGUUUUUAUUUUCACAUGUACAUGUUUGUUUGUUUUCAAAUUGCUCGAAAGAAGAUUUCUUUCCGAUAUAACGAUUAUAUUAAUCCCAACUACUCGUAUGACUAUUUAUUAAAGUGAUUCAAAUCAA